AUGACUGUCACUUACUCCAGUAAAGUAGCAAAUGCCACCUUUUUUGGAUUUCAUAGGUUGCUCCUCAAGUGGAGAGGCAGUAUCUACAAGCUCCUAUACAGGGAAUUUGUUGUUUUUGCUCUUCUUUACACGGCAAUCAGUUUGGUGUACAGAUUGUUACUUACAGGAGCCCAAAAACGUUACUUUGAAAAAUUAUCAAUUUACUGUGACAGAUAUGCUGAACAAAUUCCAGUAACCUUUGUGCUUGGGUUCUAUGUUACUCUGGUAGUGAACCGAUGGUGGAACCAGUUUGUGAAUCUGCCUUGGCCGGACAGGCUCAUGUUCCUCAUCUCCAGCAGUGUCCACGGGAGCGACCAGCAUGGGCGCCUGCUCAGAAGGACGCUGAUGCGCUACGUCAAUCUGACCUCCCUGCUCAUCUUCCGCUCGGUGAGCACUGCGGUAUACAAAAGGUUUCCGACCAUGGACCACGUGGUCGAGGCAGGUUUUAUGACAGCAGACGAAAGGAAAUUGUUCGACCACCUCAAAUCACCACAUCUGAAAUACUGGGUCCCCUUUAUUUGGUUUGGAAAUCUUGCCACCAAAGCCCGGAAUGAAGGUAGAAUCAGGGACAGCGUCGACCUUCAAUCAUUGAUGACCGAGAUGAAUCGGUACCGCUCCUGGUGCAGCCUCUUAUUUGGCUACGACUGGGUUGGCAUUCCGCUGGUUUACACACAGGUUGUCACCCUCGCGGUCUACACGUUCUUCUUCGCGUGCCUCAUUGGACGGCAGUUCCUGGAUCCCACCAAAGGCUAUGCGGGGCAUGACUUAGAUCUGUACAUUCCGAUCUUCACCCUCCUGCAGUUCUUCUUCUACGCGGGAUGGCUCAAGGUGGCUGAGCAACUCAUCAACCCUUUUGGAGAAGACGAUGACGAUUUUGAAACAAACUGGUGCAUUGACAGAAAUCUGCAGGUCUCCCUCUUAGCUGUGGAUGAAAUGUACAUGAGCUUGCCCAAGAUGAAGAAGGAUAUUUACUGGGACGACUCUGCCGCUCGGCCCCCAUACACACUGGCAGCGGCUGAUUAUUGCAUACCCUCAUUUCUGGGCUCAACAAUCCAAAUGGGGCUGUCCGGGUCCGAGUUCCCCGAGGAGGACUGGCUAUGGAACUAUGAGAAGCACGGCCACCGGCGCUCGGUGAUGAGGAGAGUCAAGCGCUUCCUGAGUACCCACGAGCACCCCAGCAGCCCCAGGAGGAGGACUUUUGGCAGGCAAGCCAGCGAUAGCUCCAUGUUCUUCCCGCCCAGCCCAGCUCGGGAUCUGUUGGACGUGCCUCCGAGAAAUCCCCACCGAGCCUCUCCCACGCGGAAGCAAUCCCACUCCCUAGAGGGUAGCCCUAAACUGCAUUCCAGCAUGGGCGAAUUGUCCACCAUCAGGGAGACCAGCCGCACGAGCACUUUGCAAAGCCUGACUCCACAGUCCAGCGUGAGGGCCUCCCCUACCAAAACUCCCCAGGUCCCUGAGGUCCUGAUCACAGCGGCCGAAGCACCGGGGUCCUCAUCAGAUAGCCAUGACCAUGACUCUACUGCCUCCAUCUUGAGCCUCGAGUUCACUGGGGUGCAACCUAGCAGGACCGAGCAGCAGGAAGACCCCUCAGGGAAGGCGACGCCAUCUGGGGACCGCAAUCCCCAGGCUGUCUCAACCAGUACUGAAAGAGACUUGUUUACGUUUGAGGAAGAUCCGUGUGAUGACAGAUUCCCCCAAAGGUGGAGCCUUCCAGAGUUUCGGGAGUCCAGGCACACCUCCUUGGGAAACUUAGGUCCAGAUCCUAUGAGCCCCGGAGCUGCUCUCUUACCUGACACUGAAGCAUCCUCAGAGACCAGCACAAUCCGUCCCAGGGCUAGCUCUGGGGUCUCUCCUGACAUCCUGUUCUUAAUGGAAAACCUGGCCACUAAGGAAACAGACAUCCUUGAGUUUAACAAUGAGCACCCUGAAGAAUCACCUAAGGGAACGCCCCAGCGCCCCAGGACCUGGUUCUAG